CUCCCACGUCAAAGCACGGAAGUUCAAGGGAGCGCCAUCACAUCGCGCUGCGUCAGUGCCUCUCCCUGUCUAGACGAAGCUAUCCUCGUAUACUGACAUGGCGUCGGAGACUUCGGUACGCGUGUGCAUCCGAGUACGUCCGUUGAUCCCGAAGGAACGGCUGGAUGAUGAGCACCUUGCAGUCGAGACGUACGAUAGUCAAGUCAAGGUCGCAAGCCAAACGUUUACAUUCGAUCAUGUGUUCGGCCCCGAUGCAGGCCAAGAAGAUAUCUGGCCGUGUGUGACGCCGUUGGUCGACUCGGUGUUCGAGGGGUAUAACGCGACGAUCUUUGCGUACGGCCAAACUGGUAGUGGCAAAACGUUCACGAUGGGGAGUGGAAACAGCGCGUUUGUGAGUAAUCCAGACGAGCGGGGUAUCAUUCCCCGUGUACUGCAGGAGAUGUUUGCGCGCAUUGAGGCCAAGACGAGCGACGGGCGCGGGUACCGGACGGAGCUCAAGCUGCGAUUCCUCGAAAUUUACGGCGAAGAGAUCCGAGACUUGCUGUCCCAAUUCGGGAAUGGGACGUUGGACACAUCUUCCAAGGUGAACCUGAAGGAGAUUCAAAACGGACAAGUCCAGGUUCAAGGCGCCAGGGAGGAGGACGUGCACUCUGCAGACGAGUGCAUUCGCCUUCUCGACAAAGGCACGUACUGUCGGACAACGGGGGCGACCGAAAUGAACAGCGAGUCGAGUCGUUCACAUGCGAUUCUCACGCUCACGAUGGUGCAGUACAUCCCGUACGAGGCUGUCUUGGUUAAGGACGGCGACGAAGUCGAUCCGAACGCACCCGUUGAAUACGACGUUCGGUGCUGCUACUUCAACUUUGUUGAUUUGGCCGGGUCAGAAAAGCAAAAGAUGACGAAAGCCGAAGGCCAGCGCUUGAAAGAAGGCAUCGACAUCAACAAAGGUCUGUUUGUCCUCGGGUGUGUCAUUAACGCAUUGGGGGACGAUACAAAGCGGGGCAAAGUUCACGUCCCGUAUCGAGACUCAAAGCUCACGCGGAUGCUGCAGGACUCCCUCGGGGGCAAUAGCCGGACGUUGAUGGUGUGCUGCGUGAGUCCCGCCGGGAAAAACAUUGCCGAGACCAAGAGCUCUUUAAGUUAUGCCAAUCGAGCACGCAACAUUCAAAACAAAGCCGUCGUAAACCGCGACGAGCAGUCGAGUUUGGUUGCGGAGCUGCGCCAGCAGAUUCAGUCCCUUGAAGGAGAGUUGUUUGCGUUUCGACACCCCGGCGCCGACAUGAACGACCCCAAGGUCCAAGCGGCAGUCGCAACGUCCGACUGGCGACUCGAUAGCUUCAGCUCCCUCCGAAGUCGCACGGAAGCGGCCGAGUCGGAAGUGAUGCGACUCGCAGGCGAGUUGAAGCGUUGGCGUAGCGAAAUGGACUCGAUGAAGGAGGAUUUGUUGGCCACACAAGCCCAGCGUGAUUACUUUCGCUUGUGCUGCGAAGAAUUCAAGCAACGCGCAGGCUCCACGGCGCCAAUUGGAACGGAUGGUGCUGAAAUGGGCGUGAUUCAAGAACACUUGAGGACGAUUCAGGAUCUUCAAGAUCGACUCCGCCUGGCCGAGAGCGAACGCGAUAAAGCCCACAUGCGCAGCGCGUCGUCGGGGACACUAGACUUUGAGUCGUUCGGGCUCUUUUCAGCGGACGUCGUGCAGGAAGAGCAACGGUUGAUCGAGCAAGCCGAGCAAGAAAUCAAGCGCGAGAAUGAGCUGCUCAAGCAACUGCAAUCGAUGGAAAGCUCAUCGGCGACAAUGCCCCCACCCGCUCCUUCGUCCAUCCAGAGUACUGCGAUGGUCGACCCGCCCAGCACCAGCGCCGACGACGACGAGCCGAUCGGAGACGACAUCGACAUCGAGGACAAUCUAGACACUGCGGCGUCGAUCGAAGCAUGCACGGAAAUGGCCGAUAUGCAGCGCGAGUUCCAGCAGCGCCAGCAAGUCUUAGGCGCGACCGUGCAGGAUUUGUCCAACAAUAUUUCACUCAAGGAGCAGAUGCUGCAAACGCUGCGUCGCAAUGCUGAGGGAUACGAGCGCAUGCGGGGGGUAUUUGAAGCGCGCGUCAACGAAAUGGCCGAGAAGGAGCGCGCGUUCAUGUCCGAGCGCGACCAACUCAUGGCCGAACUCGACAAGAUACAGCAUCAAACGAGCGAUCCAAGGUACCAGCGGCUGUCGUCGGAGCUCCAAAACAAGGACGGUGAGUUGGGCGCGCUGCGGAAGAAGCAGGCUGAGAUGAAGCGGUUCGAAACGAUCAAGCAAAAGAGCGAUGUCCAGCUGCGAGUUCUCACGAACGAGAUCACGGCAAUGAAGAAGCAGAAGGUGGACCUCCUCAAGAAGAUGCAAAGCGACCGGAAGAAGUACGAACAAGAAGCGAGCGAGCGCAAACGCGAAAUCGUCACGUUGAAGCGUGCACACCUCAAGGACAAACAGCAGAUCCUCAAGCUUGGCAGUGAAAAGGACGCGCAGGAACGCGUGCUUAAGCGGCGGAUGGAAGAGGUCGCGGCGGCGAAUCGGCGACUCAAGCAACAGCAACUGCUCAUCCAAGCGAACGCCAAGGAGAAGAAGAAGCCGUUGACGCGAUACAAGUCAAAAGACGAGGAGUGGCUCGCUGACCAGAUCCAAAAGCUCGCGGACAAGCAGAAAAAAUCGGAAAUGCUGGAGAAGGAACUCGAAAAACGAGAAAAGAUCGUCCAGCAGAUGGAGCGGCUCCAUGGCAUGCGGUCCAAGCUGCAGGGCGAGUUGAAGGCGUCGAUGGACGAGCGGAACGGGUCGAACAUUCGAGAUAUCUUGAUCUCUCCGUUCAAGCAAAACCCCAACGCGAGCAACGAGCAAGUUGUCUCUACUGAAGCGCCCCCUCUAAGCAAGGACGAGGAAGCGAUGUUAGCCGAGCUGGAAGACCGUAUCGAGGCGUGCCAGGCCCAGCUGGAAUACAAGAAUGAGCGGAUUUCAGAAAUGACCAGCACCAACGACUUGGACGAACAGGGCGACGCCAUGGUGAAGGUAGAAAACACGUCGCUGCCGGAAGCCCGCACGUUGCUCAAGUUGCUCUUCAACAUGGCCGUCGAGGUCAAGAACCAAGAACAAUCGAAGGAGGCGGAGCUCGAGCGAUCCGCGUUGCAAGUGGACGAUUUGCAAAAGCAUUUGCGUAUGGAACGCGAGCGCAACAGCGCCAUGCGGCAAACGUACGAGGAGAAGUUGCAGAAGAUGAUCUCGGACGCGAUGAACGAACCGGACGAAGGCCAGAAGCAUCGACUUGUGUCAAGCGCCGUAGACGAGCGCAACCUGUUGCUGCGCAAACGGUGUGACGAACUCGAGCAACAACAACACGAGUGGCAAAAACAAGCGCAGCAACUCAUGCGACGCAAUACCAAAUACCAGCAAAGCGUGAACACGUGUCGAGAACGCAUCAAGUGGCUGGAGGCGCAACUGAACGCGUCCAAACACGGGGAAGCCGCCGUCCUCGACCCCCCUGACCAUGACGACGACGCGCAUGUCAUGGACGACGAUGAGUUUGCUGACACGUUGAGUGUCGGUAGUGCGAGUUCCGACUCGACGUUUCCAUCCGUCAACGGUCCAGGGAGUGGUGGCGUUUCGGUCGACGUUGGUAGUUCGUCCAUUUUCAACCGCCUCUCGAAUCCCAACAACUUUACUGGAAUCCACCGCCAUCGACUGCAAGAACACGCCAUGGUGAAGCGGGAGGAAAUCAAGUCCAAGAGCCAGCAGCUUCGUUCGAGGCGAUUGAAGGAUCGCAAUGUGCAGGCCCCGCUGUCGUCGUCCAAAAUGCGUCAACCGAACGGGACCGUCUUGUCCCCCCGCGUCGGCCGCGCCGCCACGCCGCGUACUCGCACUGCGUCUGAGGACUUUGGGACGUACCCUCGCAGUUCUGCCGUGUUGGAUGUGUUGGCCACGAUGAAACGGGGAAGCGAAAUGGACGGCCAAGACGACUUGGACAUGGAUGGCGAUCACUCGGACACGAUGUCUGAAGGCGGGUACGGCAUGGAAUCGUCGUCGCCGCGUGGGUAUCGUGGCGGGAAGAAAGACAUUGACACCAUGUCGGAGGGGUCACCGCGCGCAACGUCGAGCCGCAGCGGAGGGAAAAAGGACGUGUUUUCAAGACUGAAUGGCCAGUACACUGCGUCAGCCCAGUCGAAACGUCAAGUACAACCAGGCUUUCAGUAGCGAAACAUGUUGGGAUUCAUCGGUUCCGUUGCUGUUGACGUGAGUAGUCUUACUUGAGCGGAGCCGACAAAUCGGCGAGCCGUGCAACGCGGGAAAAGGUCAACGCCGCCAACACGAGCAACCCGCCGGACGAACAGCGCACGACGCAGACGAUGGCGGCAGCCGCAACCGCUGUCGGGGGAGCGACGACAUUGGACCCGCUCACAGGGCGAGAGCGGUUUGUCGUUCAAGUCAUGAACAACCUGCGUAUCAAGACGGACGCAGACUCGAGGUAGUAGUGUCACCGUUUAUUUAUUCAACGGUGUCGCGUCGCGGGGACUCGUAGUUGUCGGACUUUUUGAAAAUCCAUCGCGUUGACGUGUGUUGACGUUGUCAUCGUCGGUGCAAGCCGCACGUUCCAAUUCGACCCAUCCUGCCGACCGCGACGACAUGCAUGAAAAGGAGCGACUGAGUCGCGGUGCAGUCAGCUGUGGCAGGACGCCCUGCCCAUCGAAAUAGUACAGCUCAAGGUAGUGAAAGCAUCCAGAGAUGGCCAUAAGGUGUUUCAAGUGGAUGGAUAUCCAAAUGGCGGCACCGAGACGAGUUUGCGUCGUGAGUCCCGUA